AAGCGCCAUCUCAAUUACCAUUCAACAGCUGAUUAUACUUUUGCUAUUUUGCUCACAACAGUCUUUUUUAGCUAUUGUUUGAAGUUUUUUAUUGUUUUCUUUAUAAAUCUACAAUAAUUGAUUGUUUAUUUCAAUAUUAUUAAAUUAAUCAAAGUUUCAUUUUUUGUUCACAUUAUGUCAAACUUGUUAAUCUUGCAAUAAAACCAAUGGCAGAAUCAUCAUUAAAUACCCAGGUUAAAGAUGAAAAUACUCAAAAGCUGGAAACAGAGGCAACUUCUGAAGACUUUGAUAAGCCAUCAUCUUCAUUUACUGGAUCCUGGUUUUCAAAUUUUGUAAAUGUUGCCAAACAAAAGUCUUCCAAAACAUUGGAAUUUAUGAAGAGAGAUUUAACUGAAUUUAAAGAUACUGUUCAACAAAAUACAAGUGCAGCUAUCACCACGACAACUUCAUAUAUUGGUGAUACCAUUUCAUCAUUAAAUAAUCUCAAGGAUGAGACAACAGACGUGGAAGAAACUGAGGAUGCUGAAGCUGAACCAGAAACAACGAGUGAAAGCAAAGAAUUAAUACCAUCACCGACACAUAACAAAAAUCAAAAGGAGCAAGAUAUUAUUCAUUAUCUGAGUAACAAAGCAAAGCAUUUAUUGUCAAGUAUUGUUGAUGUUAUGAUUCCUCAUGAGUAUGAGGAUGAUGAUGAUAUUUGCUUUGUCAAAGGAAACAGGAUUGUCUCCAUUGAAAGAGGACGAUGGGACCUGUUGAUGAAAACAAUUCAAUCAGAUCCUCAAACCUAUUGCCAUGAACCUGAAGGUCCUCCAGAAGAUUAUGAAAAUUGGCUAGCAUCCUUUAACCUUAUUGACCAUGAUUACAGAGUUCAACAAUUACUUUCAAUGGAAGACGGAGCAGUUAAAAGCUUCUAUGAUAGAUUGGUUCCUCAUUCAAUCACCCCAGAUGAAUUUUGGCAUCGUUAUUUCUACAAAGUUCACCAAUUGAAACAAGUUGAAUUCCAGCGGUUAGCAGCAAAAGCUGAAGAAAUAGAAAGGCAAGAAAAAGCCCAAGAAGAAGCUGAAAAAGAAUCAAUGACUAACAAUAAAGAGACUAUAAAACCUCCCGGAUCUGUACCCAGCAGAAGUAAUAGUAGUUCCAAUUUGGACAAGAAGUCAAGUUCAGUCGCCGAAACGGAAGAAAAAACACUCUCUACACCCAAUACAGUCAAUAAUUCAAUGAUUGGCUCAACAUCAAUGACAAGCUCGACUGAAGGGUUGAUUGAAAGUAACAUAACUGUUGGAGGACUUGACACAGGUAAAAUUACUAGUGGUGGAGGGUCACCCUCAUCUGAUUCAGCAAAACAGUCUGACGGAUCGGAAGAAUGGGUAAAAACUGAGUUGAUGGACGACAUAGUGAUUGAAGCAAUGAAAAAGCUGGACACCAAAUUGACUGAUAAACCUAAUUCUAAAGUAAAGGAUGAUGAUGAUGAUGACAUGUUAUACGACUGGGACUCUAGAGUCACCAUUGAAAAAUAUUUACAUGGCUUGGCCAAUGAACUGUCAUCGGAAGAUCCAAGAUGUCCAGAAGCUUUGCCAUACGGUCAGAAUAAUCCACAAAAAUGUAAAUAUGGCUUGUAUGCUGAGCAAAUCUCUGGCACAGCAUUUACCGUGAGUCGUGAAUUCAAUCGAAGAAGUUGGUUCUACAGGAUCCGUCCCUCAGUCACUCAUCGUCCUUUCCGUCGAAUCCAAACAACUCAUAUUAGCAAUGAUUGGUCAUCGUGUCCACCCAAUCCAAAUCAGCUCAGAUGGGCACCUUUUAAUGUCCCUGAUUCCAAAGGGAUUGAUUUUGUUGAUGGCAUUCAUACAAUUUCUGGAGCUGGUGACCCUGUAGCUCGAUCGGGUUUAGCCAUUUAUAUUUAUGGAUGUGACAAAUCAAUGGAAAAUAAGUGCUUUUAUAACUCAGAUGGUGAUCUGUUGAUAGUUCCUGAAAAAGAAACACUCUACAUUACCACUGAAUUUGGUAAAUUGGUUGUUGCUCCAUUAGAAAUCUGUUUGAUUCCAAUGGGAAUCAAGUUUUCGGUUGCUGUAACUGGACCAGCUCGAGGUUACAUCUUAGAAGUUUUCGAUGGUCACUUUACGCUUCCUCCUUUGGGUCCCAUUGGUGCCAAUGGUCUAGCAAAUGCUCGUGAUUUUCAAAUUCCAACCGCCUUUUAUCAAGAUAUUGACAUACCUGAUUACAAGAUUAUCAAUAAAUAUCAAGGAGCUAUUUUUGAAGCAACUCAAGACCAUUCACCUUUUGAUGUUGUAGCUUGGAGAGGAAAUUAUCAUCCAUCUAAAUACGAUCUAACAUUAUUCACAGUCAUCAAUACGGUCUCAUUUGAUCAUCCGGAUCCAUCAAUUUUCACUGUUCUAACAUGCCCAUCAACAAAGCCUGGUGUUGCUAUAGCUGAUUUUGUCAUUUUUCCGCCUCGAUGGGGAGUUGCUGAUAACACUUUCCGUCCACCGUAUUACCAUAGAAAUUGUAUGAGUGAAUUUAUGGGAUUAAUAAAGGGUAGUUAUGAAGCGAAGGAAGAUGGAUUCCGUCCUGGUGGAGCAAGUCUUCAUAGUAUGAUGACUCCACACGGUCCUGAUCAUGAUUGUUUUGAAAAGGCGUCGAAUAGUGAUUUGAAGCCAGUCAGAGUUGCUGAUGGUACAAUGGCUUUCAUGUUUGAAUCUUCAUUGAGUCUUGUGGUUACUCAGUGGGCUCAAACUGUACCAGAGUUGGAUCAUAACUACUUCAAAUGUUGGCAGCCUUUGAGAAAACACUUCACCGGGAAGAAAUGAGAAGAGAAAUGAUAAUGUCAGCGAUAAAAAAUGAAUGAGAAAUUGCAAUAGAGAAAAUUAUUAACGUCUGUAAGAAAGCGCCUUGAUGGAAAAUUGAUUUGGUAUCGUUAGAUCAAUCAAAGAUGCAAUCAGUGAUGAUUUAUCGAAGAAAUCAUUCAUCGAAAAAAUUGUUUUCACAAUUAAUACUACAAUGUAUCUUGAGAUAUAAAACCUAAAGUUUUUUCAUUAAACGAUUUCAGUUUCAAAUUUA